AUGGCCGAAAACGCAGCAAAGCGCCUCAAGACCGACAACGGCGUGGUCGCCAUCGGCACGCACAACGGCCACUUCCACGCCGACGAGGCGCUGGCCGUGUACAUGCUGCGUACGCACAUCCCUCUCUAUUCGGGCGCGAAGCUCGUCCGCACGCGCGACCCGGCACUCCUCGCCGAGUGCCACACCGUCGUCGACGUUGGCGGCGAGUACGACCCGUCCCGCAACCGCUUCGACCACCACCAGCGCUCCUUUUCCACCACUUUCCCCGGCCGCCCGACCAAGCUCAGCAGCGCGGGGUUGGUUUACAUGCACUUUGGGCGGGAGAUCAUUUCCAGACGGUUGGACCAGCCGCAGGCCGAGGAAGACAGUGAGCAGGUGGGGCUGGUGUGGCGCAAGAUUUACGAGAGCUUCAUCGAGGCGCUGGACGCGCACGACAACGGCAUCAGCGUGUACGACUCGGCGGGGCUGGCGGCGGCCGGGUUGGAGAAGAAGUUUUCAGACGGCGGGUUCACGCUCGGCGCCAUGGUCGGCCGGCUGAACCCCAACUGGAACGAUCCGAUCUCCGACAACCCCAUCGCCGCGCAGGAGGCCGAGGACAGGCGGUUUGAGCUGGCCAGCCAGCGCAUCGGCGAGGAGUUUGACCGCGACCUAGAGUACUUUACGCGAGCCUGGCUUCCCGCGCGGGAGGUGGUUGCCGAGGCGUUUGCGGGGCGGCACGAGUACGACAGCGAGGGGCGCAUCCUGGUGCUGAAGCGCCAGUCGGCGCCGUGGAAGGAUCAUCUCUACAGCCUGGAGGAGCAGCAGCCCGGGGCUGGCAAGGUGCUCUACGUUCUCUAUCCCGAGAAGUCCGUCCCAGAUGCCAAGUGGAGGAUUCAGUGUGUACCAGUCGCCAAGGACUCGUUUGAGAGCAGGAAACCGCUCCCUGAGGCGUGGAGGGGUUUUCGCGAUGAGGAGUUGGAUCGCAUCUCUGGAGUGAGUGGCUCAGUUUUCGUCCAUGCCUCGGGUUUCAUUGGCGGGAACAAGACGUUUGAUGGUGCCCUUGCGAUGGCGAAGAAGGCGCUCGAGAUCUGA